AUGCGGAGAGCUCUUUCUUUCGCCAUUGUUGCUGCGAUCGGUAACUUCCUGCAGGGAUGGGAUCAGGCCACCUUGUCAGCAAAACUUGAAUCUAUCGAUCACACAAACGUUUGUCUCUGUUGGAUUACUCGGCGUGCAGGUUCUCUUACUUACAUAAGGCAGGAGUUUAGGCUGGAGGACGAGCCUAUUAUUGACAGUCUAAUUAACACCAUCCCUCUCAUCGGCGCCGCCAUCAUCACGGUGUUCUCAGGAGCGCUCUCAGAUCGGUUUGGCAGACGGCCGAUGCUAAUUAUCUCCUCAGUUUUCUACAUCGCCGGUGGCGUUUUGACGAUACGGUGUCCCGACGUAUACAUACUGCUCUUGGCAAGGCUGGUAUUCGGGUUUGGGAUUGGUUUGGCCGUAGCUUUCGUCCCGGCUUACAUAACUGAGGUAUCUCCAUCGGAGAUGAGGGGCUUACUGAGCACCCUUCCACAGUUGACGGGCACGACGGGGACGACUGUGGCGUAUGAUGUGGAUUUCGGGAUGUCAUUGCAGAGCCAACCUAGUUGGAGAUUACUGUUUGGAGGCAUCCUAUUUCUUUCCAUCGUGUACUUCGUGUUCACGGUGUUCUUUCUGCCGGAGGCACCAACAUGGCUCGUCAGCAAAGGACGGAUGGAGGAGGCCAAACACGCUUUGCAGAGACUACGCGGAAGAGAAGAUGUGUCAGGAGAAAUGGCUCUUUUGGCUGAAGGUGUGGGAGUUACUGCAACUGAGCUCCCCGUGGAGCAGGAGUCGACUGGUGUGAAGGACAUGAACAUGCCAUAUCGUCCAAAGAGAAGAAUCGCUUGGGUUAGACGACCAGCAACGGAACGUAGUCUUCUUGGAAGUGUCCUUGAUCCUGUUCGGAUCAGAUGGAAGCGGCGUGCAAGUAAUGAGCAAGCCGAUGUGGAGAAGAACCCUCCCAGGGAGGGCGAGUCCUAUGCCUCUGAUGAUAUGUACACUCCAUUGCUCUCAGACCACGGAACAAAUGGAGGAGGAGAUCCCAAAAGGGUCAUUUUGUGCAUGGAAGCUGUGUCUGGAUCACAGCAACAUUGCGUGCUUGUCAUUCCUGAAGGUGAUGCCUCAGAAACAGAUCAAUGUGUCGAAGCCAAAGCAUCGGUGAGCCAGCAUCCAAGUCGGCCAGCUUUGGUUCCACCCUGCGGCGGACUCAAACAUGUAUUGUUUCUCUGUAUUGGGAUGCAAAUUCUUCAGCAGGUAAAACAAAACGAGACACAUAAUCAGUUUUCUGGCAUCAACGGCGUCCUCUAUUACACUCCACAAAUUCUUGAGCAAGCUAAAAGAAAUCUACAACAAUGUUGCAGUGAUGCUACUACAUCAAAGGAGGAAACUGCAACAGAGGAGGAAGCUGUAGCAGAAGAGGAAGCUCAGAAGAGGAAGCUAAAUCUUAUCUUCUAUCAUUGGGGAAAUCUUAUCUUCUAUCAAGCUGGAGUUGGGAUUAUUCUCUCAAAACUGGGACUCAGCUCUGUUUCAGCAUCUCUGCUCAUCAGCUCUGUUAUAUUUACGUUGCAGCUCCCAUGCAUACUUGUUGCCAUGAGGCUCAUGGAUGUCAGCGGAAGAAGGAGUCUUCUGCUGGGUACGAUCCCCCUGCUGAUCGCGUCGCUUCUUCUUCUGGUUCUGGUGAACAUGGUGGACUUGGGCGCCGUCGCACAUGCGGCGCUCUCCACCGUCAGCGUGGUGGUGUACAUGUGCUGCUUCGUCAUGGGGUUCGGACCCAUCCCCAGCAUCAUCUGCUCGGAGAUCUUCCCGACGUGCGUCCGCGGGAAGUGCAUCGCCGCGUGCUCCGUCACCGCGUGGCUCUGCAGCAUCGUCGUCGCCUUCACGCUGCCCCUCAUGCAGCGCGCUGUGGGCCUCUCCGGCGUCUGUGGCGCGUACGCCUUCGACUGCCUCGUAUCGUUGGGUUUCAUCUUCUUCCUCGUUCCUGAAACGAAGGGCGCGGUGAUGCCACCUUGAAGUCGUCGUCGUCGUCGUCGUGUCGUCGUCGUCGUUGACUCUAGUUUUCGGUCAUUAUUGUUUCGGCUUUAAUUUUUUGCAACAUUUUAUGGGGUUUAUUAAUAUUAAUAUUAAUAAUAAUAAUAUUAUUAUUAUUAUUAUUA